CACCGAACACCACAUAUCCGGCUACCUUCGGAACCCUUCGAGUAUAUUCGAUAGAUUUCUGUGCCAAGGACAUGAGUUGUUUACCAUGCUAAAAGAUUCAUUACAGACUAACGUACUGUUGGAAUAAGUCGGGAAAACUUUAUUGACAGUUGAUAAAGGGUUGUUCAAGACGAGAGUACGUAACACCAACAGCAGCAGAUUUUAGGAGUGUACGUGCAUUCAACAUGAACAAAGAACGAAUCUUGCAUGGAAUUGCAAACGACAGAAAUUGCAUGGCUUCAGUGCUCGAAAUACUUUUAAUUUUUGAUGUUAUUGUGUAAAUAGUUGGUGAUUCUGUGUCUGUGAACUAGAAAGCAGAUUUGAUUGUAAUAGGACUGUCUCAAACAUGUCGCACUCAAUUUCUUCAACUGAUAGUGAUGCAGACAUAAUCUUAUUUCCAAUAACCUACUUCGAUGAUGAUGAGGAAGAGCAGGAAGACCCAGAGGAGAGCUCUAACGAUGCUUCCGAUGAAAGAGAAUCGGAAAACGAGGUGGAGGAAAUCAAACCUAAAGCCAGCAUGACCCUGAGGCAGAGGCGACUCUCAAAAGCUUAUGCCCCUCUAGCAAAUUUGAAAUUAAAAGUAAAAGCUGGACAUACUCGUGCUCAUAAUCACUGGAUCACAGCAAUCAGAAAAGCAAAAGACAUGUCUGACCCCUGGGCCAUUUUCCACAUAGAAGACAUUGCAACAGAAGUAUGUACAAGACAUCGUUACAACCCUCACAGAAAAAUAUGGACAAAGGAUGAAGUGCAAGUUAAAAUGAUGGAUAAGGCCUUCAACCGUGGUGCAAUGCGUCAGUGUUUUAGACUCAAGAAGAUCUCGACAUUCUCUCGCAGUGGUGACUGGAAUCAUGCACUUAAUUACGUUGCCAAGCGAUACAUUGAUCCAGUGGAUCGUGAAGUUUACUUCCAAGAUGUCCAACUACAGAUGGAUGCGAAAGUCUGGGGAGAGGAGUACAACAGGCAUAAUCCUCCAAAGAAGGUGGACAUUUUUCAGAUGUCCAUUCUUGAGUUCAAGGACAGACCUGGUGAGCCCCUAUGUGUCUGUUUAUAUACAUUUCAGAGGAAAUCGAUGAUGAAAACUGCAAUCCGAGGAGAAAUGGAACAUUGUCUCUCUCUGUCACCGUUAUCGGAGAAAAUCGACAUAACAAGAUUUCUGGACCGCCAACGGUCAUCAUCAUCAAUGCUCAGUGAUGGUCACACACCAACUGACCUUGACAGUCCCAGUAAUGACGAAGAGCCCAUGUCACUGGACAGCCCCAGUCCUGGGGGACCAUUUGGUGUUCGAUUCAGGUCCCCUAGUGACACAGAUAGCCAGUCAUCCAUGACUAAAGAGGGAUCCAGGAAUAGCAGAGAGAAAUCUCCAGCAGUUGAGGUAGAGAUUGGUAAGAUGACUAACCGAUUUAACUUCAACCAACUUCUCACCCAACACACUAACAACUUCCCAAAAUUACAUGCACUGGAGGAAGCAGAGGCAUUUAACAGAAUGGCAGGACAUCAAGCUAGGCCUUCCUGUGUGGCUCUAGAGAAAGACUUCAGGAAACUGAUGAACCACAAGAUUGGUGACUCCAUUCUGGGAAAGGUUCAUCAUGAGAUGGCUAAAUACCAUGAGGUGGGAAGGUUCAUUGUUGGAGAAAAUAAGGAUGAGAAUGAAAUUGACUGGGAGUCGGCCAUCUUUCAUGAAGAACAUGCUGCUGAGCUUGGAGAGUUGGAAUCGAUGGUUACAAUGGCCAAACUGUAUCUGGGAAUGGACAGAGAUGUCCUUGUCAACUGUGUAGUGGAGCCCAAUGACGAACACACAAACAGUGGGGUGGACUUCAUGGUGGAGGCAGCGGAAGCCGGAGAUCGAGGAGCUAUGUUGUACAUGGCUCAGGCAUUUGAAACUGGACAUGGACUGGGCACUCGCAGGUCGGUGUCGUGGGAGGAUGCAGUGUACUGGUAUGAACAAGCUGAGAAGACACAGGACCAUGAUGAAGGAGGUCAUUAUGAUUGUACCAUUAAUGAUCCCUCCUACCAGUUGUUGGCUAAACAGGCUGAGCUUUACAGGCAGGGAGGCCAUGGGCUAGAGAAGGACCCCCAGAGAGCAGGAGACUUGUACAAUGAGGCAGCAGAAGCUGCCAUGGAAGCCAUGAAAGGUCGCCUUGCCAACAAGUACUUCUCCCUUGCUGAGGAGACCUAUGGUGAAAUGGAGGAAGAGGGAGAAGAAACGACAGGGUAGGAAGAGGAAAAGUAGGGAGAAACCCCUUCAACAGGGCUCAGAAACAAGAGGGCCCUAGGCAGGUCUCAGGAACAGAACAGAACAGUGAUUGAUUGUAUGUGUAGGUUGUAGACAAGCAAAGAUUAUUAUGUAUUUUGUUAAAUCUGGAACAUGGGAUCUGUAGGUAAACUUUCAUGUAAAUUAAAGACCUUUAUCAGUCACAUCAUAAUUAGUAUGCAAUACUGUUUUCAAACAAAGAAACCUCAUAUAUUUCCAAUCAAUUUUCUUUGGUGCAUUUUUUCAUAAUUCCAAUGGUGUUUUUGUUCAUGUGUAUUUUUCUCUCUUGUUUUUAAAUUUGAUUUCAAAUUUGAUUUAAGAUUUACUCAAAUUUGAUUGCAAAGUUAAGUCUUUUAAGAAAUAUUUUGUACAUAAAAUUGUAAAUAUUUCAUAUCCUUUCUUGGAAAAACUCAUAUGUUAACAUUUGUAUUUUGUCUGCUUGUGAUAUUUUAGUUUAUUAUCAAUAUUUGUCAUGUUUCUGUGACUGACCUUUGAACCAUGGUUAAUAAGUUAAAUGAAUUCCUUUUUCAUUUUAGGUAAUUGGAGUUAUGGUUUCUGUAGAAUUUGAUGUAGAAUGUAUAUAUUACUUUAGUUUGUAUUAAUUAAUCUACUUCAUUUAGAUUUUACAAUUGUUUUUGAAAGAAUGUUCUUUGAUUGUGGCGCCAUUUAUAUAUAUAUAUACACAAGAUGUGUAUAUCAUAGAGGUACCUCAUUUAUUUUUGUAUGUUGUAUAUUUUCUUAAUGAAGUUCCAGCUAUUGUAAGUUUUCAUGUAUUUUUCAUUACUGUUUCAAAAGUGUUCACUAAAGUUAAAGUGUUCACUAAAGUUACCAUGCGUACUUGAUUACUUGCCUAAUUAGAAAACCAACUCUGGUAGCUUCAAGAACAAGGAUGUCAUUGUGUACUAUCUGUUCACUGGGUAUAUUACUAGUCGUGUGAAAAUUUACUACAGUUUUGUAUUAAAAUUUGGUGUUUAGUGUUCAUCUUGAAUAACGUAAAUCAGUGAUAUUUGAUACUAGCAAUGUUGUCAAUGCUAACCUACAUGUAAAAGACACUUUUAUCAAAAAAAUAAUUUGUACUUUUGAUACUUUAUUACCAAUAACUGAUGAUUCUAGUAAGUUUUUUUUUUUAUUGUUGGCAUCGUCUUUGAGAUUAACAUUGGUUAAAUAUUAUAUAAUGUGCAUGUACAUGUAUUGAACCAUGAAUAGUUCUAUUUAGUACAACCAGUUUGAUCAGUUCUGCUGUUUCUCCAAAUUUGUGAUAAAAGAAUUUGUUGUGAAGUAUGCUAGCAGUCUUUCAUACCUGUCAUUUGUUUCCCCUUGUCAAUUUGAACUACUUAUAAUACUCCUAAUUUUUGCCAUCAUUUUGCGUAUACAUGUAUUUGCUUAGUUUAGCACUUUUAUUAUUAUUUGGCAUAUUUGGACUACUUUUUAUGCUCCUGGAAUCAAGAGAUUCGGGAGCAUAUAGUUUUUGGCCUGUCUAUCUGUCUGUAGCAAAAUAACUUUAACCUUGGUCAUAUCUUUUACACCAUAAGAGAUACAGCUUUCAUAUUUGUUAUGUGUUUCUUGUGAUACGACCUUUCCAUUGAAACCAAAAACCGUAACAUUAACCUUUGACCUGGCUCCAGUCUUGUAAUCUGGGGGCAUCAGUGUUUCAUAAAUACAUCUUGUUUAUAUAAAUGAUUUUAGUUUGUUAUUGAUAUCUGUUUUUAUUUAGUGAUCUUUGAUCAUUUGUGCAAAGAUCUUCUGUCUAUGAUCAAAAUUUUGAUGUGUUAUAUACAAGAAUUAUUGACAAUUUAUUGUCUUUGAUGAUAAAAACAGCAAUUUGGAAUGAUAAUGAAAUUCGUAUACAGAACGAAGUUUGUGCUCAAUUUUGGUUGUAGUCAGUAGAUCUUUUUAUCUUAAUUUUGAAAAUUGUAUAGUGCCAAGUCAAUUAGAUAAAACGCUUUCUGCUAAUUUACAUGGUUCACCAAUGUACAUGUACAUAAAGAUUUGGGAUCUCUAAAUAUUGAAAAUAUAUUUGUGCCAUUACAUAAAUUUUUGUCUUGUAUGUCAAUAUAUUGGGUUUAUGAAAUUUUAAUGAAAGGAUGAUUUAAAAAAAAAACGUGUAUUCUUCAAUGAUCAUCUGAAGAAGUUUCCUGAUAGAAAUGUGUAUGUUGAUUGUAUGGUUGUUGACAGUUUAAAUUUAGAUUUCUAGAAAGGAUUUCAAAGACUUCCAUUAUGUUAUUUGAAACUUGUUAGUAGUUUAAAGAAUUAGAAAUUCAAGUGGAAGCUUUUUUUGUUUCACUCUAAAUUUCAAAUUAUCAUUUAUGUGUAUCACAUUCAGAUGCAGUAUUCAUAGAAGUUUUCAGUCUCAUUUCGAUUAGUUAGAUCAUAUAAAGUGCUAGUUUGGUAUGCCUUCAAUGUUCAGUCUCUGUAAACAAAUUGAUAAUUAGUCUUUAUUGAUUUGUUUGAGUUCCACAGACUGGAAGACAUGACAAAUUAGCAUGUAUAAAUCAUGAAUAAUAAUUGAAAUACAGUGUUCACUUGACUUUAACUCAAUAAAAGGUUAAGCUAAAA